GGCUCGCAUCACAUUUCCUAUGCCGAACAGCAAUUCGCUUAUAAACGCUAUCGUGUGCCCGUAGCCGCUCGCAGUGCAACGUUGACCUACGUUAACAUCGUAGUUUCGGUUAGAAUUAAUUUGAAUUGAUUUGCGUGACGCGUGUUUUGUUGAGCGACAACGUUUGCCGCAAUUUGAACCAGUUCGGAUUAGUAGAUUCAAUCGAGUGGUUACGGAUUUACGAAGGGCCAUUACUACAGGAUGGCACUGGUACUGAAGGCUCUCUACAAUGGGUACGAUCGGUACUUUUACGAGGCGCAGGAUCCUCGCAAUGCUGAUCAGUUCCUGAUGAACCCUCCAUGGGUUCCAUUCGCACUCAUAGGUGGUUAUUUGUACUUAGUACUUAAUCUUGGACCAAAGCUUAUGUCCAACCGAAAGCCAUUCGAUUUGAAACUGCUGAUGCAAGUGUACAAUAUCCUGCAGGUUUUGGCGAACAUUUAUCUGUUUUCCGAGGGCAUGCGAGUAAUAUACAACGUCAAGAUAUCGUUCAAGUGCCAACCAGUAGACUACUCUAACCAUCCAUUGGCCCGACGAGAACUCCGACUGGUGUACCUUUACUAUCUGUUGAAAGUGACAGAUCUUCUAGACACGGUAUUUUUCGUGUUGCGCAAAAAGCAAAGUCACGUUACGUUCCUGCACGUGUACCACCAUUCCGGAAUAUUGCUGGGAUCAUUUAUCUACAAUCGGUUCUUCCCCGGUGGACACUUUUCGAUGCUGGGGCUGUGCAACACUUUGGUUCACGCAGUGAUGUAUUUUUAUUUCUUUCUCACGGUGUACCGACCGGAACUGACCAAGAACGCCAAUUGGAAGAAGUACAUCACCCUGUUGCAAAUGGUUCAGUUUGGAUAUUUGGUGUUUCACUUUGCGACGCCGAUCGUGCUCGGGAUCGACUGUGGUAUUCCGAAGUUCUGGCUGUGGGUGCCGUUGAUCCAGAACGUGUUCAUGAUGGUGCUGUUCUGGGACUUUUACACCAAGGCGUACGGAAGGCGGAAGGUCAAGUGAAUGGACAAUAUUUUUAAAGUUAGUUGAAACAUAGAUUGGCAGUUUUAAUAUUACAAUUACAAUGAUUGAUCAUCGUGCGUUAUUACGAUAAUAAUAUAUCUAUUCAAUAUUAUUUAUUUUCUAUACUAAACAUUACAACACAAAUAAAAAUCUUUUUUAUAUCACUA